CUGCAGGUUUUUUUUAGACGUGCCCAUCCCUGGUGUGCAUUUUGCAUUUUGCACUUUCAGCCUGUGACAGUUUGUUGUUCUUGUCUGGUCUUGUUUUUCCCUCUUUGCGUUGUUCAUCUGAGCAUCAUUAUUAAAACAAGCACUUUUCUAGCGUUCGCGGUGCUGCAGCUGCUAAAGCUCACUUGGGUUCUCUGUUUCAGGUUCUUGGCUGAGAAUAAAAGCAAAAAACAAGCAGCCGAGAAGGAGAACGGUCGAGAAAAGGAGCAGAUGGCUGCAGAAAGAGAAGCCGAGAAAAGCAGCAAGUCCGGAGAACUCUUCAGCAUCUCGUCGGCCUCCUUCGGUGACUCCAAGGAAGACAAGACGCUGCCGUUCUUUGACGACGGAGAAGAGGAGUUCCUCCAGUCCCACGGGCUGAAGGAGAGGGACAUGGACGAGGACGGCGAGGUCAAACCCACCCUCACAGCUCGGGACAUUUUCGGUAAAUGGGGGGACGAGCCCAGUUAUUCGACGUCCUACCCGUCUGUCAAGGAGAAAAGCAGGAGGGAGGCUGAAGAGGCGGAGCACAUUGACCACAUGGAGGAGGAGAUGUACCGAAGCCGCAAACACAGCUCCAAGAAGGAGGAGAAGUCCAAGAAGAAGGAGAAGAAAGAGAAGGAGAAGUCCAGGAGGAGUCUGACUCCUCCCACGACCUCCAGGGAGAAAGACCGGCCGCUGUUUCCUGGAGCUUUUCCUCCUCGAGAGCAGUCACCUGUUCGACACCUGUCAGCCUCCAGGGAGGACUUUGAGCUCAAAAUCGGUUCUUUAGAUGAAAUGCCCGGCUCCUCUCUGUCUAAAGAGCGCAUCAUGCCCAGAGAUCUGCUGAAUCCGUCUAAGAAAGAUCCAGAGUUUCGCUCCAUUUUCCAGAACAUUCAGUCAGCGCAGCUCCGCCGCAGCCCGUCAGAGCUGUUCGCUCAGCACAUAGUCUCGAUCGUGCACUACAUCAAAGCCCAACACUUCCACUCCUCAGACAUGACUUUAAGUGAGCGGUUUGCCAUGUACCAAAGAAAAGCUGCAGAGGUAGAAAUGAUGAAGGCAAGGAAGAGCCCAGAAAUCCACAGGAGAAUCGAUGUUUCCCCCAGUGCCUUUAAGAGGCACUCUCACCUGUUUGAGGAUAUGGAGGAGACGAGCUACAAGGAUCCAAGUAAAAAGUUCAAAGGCGAUGUGAUGGACCUUCGCCUGGAUAUUGAAAGACGUAAGAGGUUUGCUGGGAAGGAGCGUGACUGCAAGCGAGAAGGAGGCAGGAGCCCUGGAGGCUCCCGAGGACCGAGCAGAGAGAGGUCCUCUGAGAAAUCUGGGAAACACCACAAGAAAUCCAAGAAGGGUAAGAAGAAGCGUGAUCGCUCUCCGUCCUCCUCCUCCUCCUCCUCCUCCCCCUCCCCCUACCCGCCCCCCUUCAGGGGAAAGGAGUACCUGGGUGAGGGGAUGGAGCACUCGGAGGAGGGCUACAGCCACCCUCGCUACCCACCCCGGGACUACAGCGGCCCCGGAGACAGGGGCCCCCGAGAGUACGAGGGCCACAACGCUGAGCGAGGACGAGGACGAGGAUUUUUCCCCAGAGUCCGAGGCCGAGGCUGGAACAGAGGAAACUAUCCGGGAAACAACAGCAACGGAAACCCUGCCAAUAUGAAUCCUCCGGUGCGCCCCCCGGAGGAGGAGUGGGACCCUGAGUACACUCCCAAGAGCAGGAAGUACUACCUGCACGACGAUCGAGACGGAGAGAAGACCUGGGUGGAUAACCGAGGUCGAGGCCGAGGCUCCUUCCCGACUCGCCGCGGACGGUUUGUUUACCGGAAAGGCGGCGGCAGCAGCCCGAAGUGGACUCACGACAUGUUCCAGGGAGGAGAGGAGGGAGAGCUGGGCGACGACGGCAUCGAGGUCGACCACAAGGACGUGAAGGGCGCCGGAGACUCCUCCAAGCAGUGAGGCUCCGCCGCCAUGUCGAGUCCAGGAAGGCGUAUGUUUGUGUUUCUCCUCCUCAUCUCAUCGUUCAACGGUUUCAAUGUUCAGUGGAGACAAGGAGGACUCUGAAGAGCAGCACAGUUACUGUGAGAGGUUUUCUUUGUUUUGUUUUGUGUCUUUGUGGGAGAAAUUAGCGAGAACAAUUGAAAGGUUGAUUUUCUAUGACAAAAUAAGAAAAGCAUUUGUGCCUUAGAAAAUAAUAAUAAUAAUCCUACAGUGGUGUGUGUUUCGUGACGUGUGUGAAGGUGCCGCCUCGGACGCUGGAGGUGUGUCGCUGUGGAGGAACCGUUAGUUCUAUGUGUUGGUUUGGAGCUCUGAUAAAUCUUUGAUGUUACUGCAUGACACGUUUGAUUCGUACUCGCUCCACGGGACCAAUCAGCAGCCGGCGUUAAACCAUCGGACACGUUCGUCACUUCAGUCACCUGAGCGCUCUCCUCACCUGUGUGUCGUUAGGACGUGGACAUGUUUGUGUGCUGCCGUAUAUUCUCAUCGGUUUGUGGGUGUUUUCAGUUAAAAAAAACAAACAAACAAACGUGUAGUUGAUUUUAAAAAAUUGGCACCAAAACCCUCUGAUGUGCUUCAGACGGAUCAACGCGUAGGUCUCCUGCCUCAUAUCAACUUCUGUAACGUUUGUUUAGGUUUUUAACAAAAAAAAAAAAAGAAUAGUGAUUACAGAGAGCUCAUAUCUGUAUAGACUUCUAGGAUCUAAAUUAUUGUAAUCCUGCAGUUUUAAUUCAGUCAGAACCCGGACACGCAAAAGAAAAGAGAAACCUGAACAUUUGCUAAACACAUUUUGUCAAAGGCAAAAGAUGAAAGUGUAUAUUUUUAAGAGGAGUCGACACGAACUGGCAGAAGUGGUGGAGUCGGCUCUGCGCUGCUUCGUCCCACCUCGACUGUACAUACUGCAUGUACUCUACAGGACUGUAGGAUGUGUUCUGUUUGUUUAAUCUGAAGCUGAAAACUUUUUUACUGUUCUCAAGAGCUUUGAAGUACCUGUCUUUUAAUUUUCAAUAAAUUUUUCUUUGAUUCAGGGCA